AUGUUUUCGGUUAACAAUGCCACUGCCAGAGUACAAACCAAGAAGCCACAAAAUGCCUUGCAAAGUGUGUUACUGGCUAGAAAUGGAAUGGUGGUUCAACCAACCUUGGAUCCGGAGAUGUUCGCAGCAGCGAACGCGUCUGCACUCCGUGGCUUGGCGGCGAUGCAACGCCCCGGUGGUCGGCUGAGGCCGCCGUCAGCAGCCGCCGCGGCGGCAUUGAGUGCUGCCGCUGCUUAUAACCCGGUGGCGGCCGCGCUUUCGCGACCCGCCUUGACAGCGGGUGCCACUGCUUUGACACCCGGUGCUGCGUAUCCUUCAAUGUACGCGUACGAUCCGGCGACGAUGCUGGCGUUGCAAGCACAAGCAGCAGCUGCGGGCGGAGCAUUACAGGCCUCUCAGAAUGCUAUGGCGUCGCAGUUGCUGAAGACGCCAUUGUCGGUGGCCGGUCAGACGGCUUUUGUCAAUGCGAAUCCCACUAUGGCGGCGGCAACGAGAGCCGCCUACGCUGGAGUGUCUUCUGCGGCGGCGGCCGCCGCUGCCGCCCAGCCGUCCUUGGCUGGUUACGCACUCGGGGCUUAUCCACCGGAAGCGUUCCUGUCCAGCGGCAUUGGACCUAUCCCCGGUUAUGGGGCGACAGUCUACAGAGGAGCGUACAACAGAUUCUCGCCGUACUAAGACGAACGUCAGUUUUGGAAGAGAAGGAACCUCACGGAUGAGGUAAGGAAGAAAGGAAAAGGGAAAAAAUACAGAAGAUAUACGAAAGAAUAACGGAAACCAAAUGACUCGAACGUGCGUGAGAGGAGUAUGAAUUGUAUGGAAUACCCCCCGAUGUGGACGUCAGCGCAGUUGCUGAUCUUGUUCUGGUUGGAUAUUCUUCGCAGGGAGAUAGAUGCAUCUUCCUUGUCGAGGUUUUUUGUUUCUUUUUUUUAUCGUUCCUUUUUACGGAAUUUUCGAUUAAAACCGUGCACAUGCUUCGUGCCAACUGUUUGCCGGCUCCCGCGUAAUUGAAACUCGUUACUUGCCACAUGUCUGAGUUCGAACGAUCUGAUUUCACGGAUGUGCCCUGGGUUUCAUGCCUUUGGUCGUGAUGAGUCUCCUACGUUGUUAGUGUGCGUUGUUUAUUCGAAACCGUUCAUUCGUUGCUCAUGGGAUGCGUGGUUUUGUUUUUGUCGGUUUCGAAUACUAUUUUGUUUCUGGUUUUAAAAUUUCUUCUUUUUUUUUCGUGGUCCGGGAUGUAUGUCACCGAACGCAGUGACCCGCUCGCUGAUUGUUCCAUAUCCGCAGGCAUUACUGGGACUACAGGAAUUGUGAGGGAAAGAAUUCUCCAAAUGCUCUCUAGGGUGAAAAAUCGAUGAUCAAGGGAGGCUGGUACGAAGCAAGGGUGUGUGUGUUUGAAAAGAUUGUUUUUUUUUUGUUUGUUUUUUUCCGUGAAAGUCCAUGUCUUGUCUUUCCUGUGUGAGAGCUAGAAUUUGAUGAGGGAUCUGAGUGUUCGGGAUCUGUGUGUGAAACUUGGACAUGCGUUAGCUAUGACGACCUUUAGCCAUCAAGUUUUCUAUGAGAUGCACAAUAUUUUCCUCGAUAUACAGAUUAACAUCUUUGCAAAGUUUCAAUUCGAGAAAUUUCCACUUGAAUUUUCCGCGAAGAAAAGAAAUCAUCCCAAGAGUCUCAGUAUCAGUUCUGUUAUGGGUUUUUUUUUUAACGGCAUCCGCAAUCAAGAAAGAAAUGCGAAGUUUGACGCAUUGUAGCGAAUUGUUUUUUGUUUUCUCACUGAAGAUCUGAUUAAUCGAUCAUUGUAUUAGAUCGUAAUCUUGACGUGGGAUGUAUUGGAAUGUUUUGCACAAUUUCGAGGAACUGAUGAAGAGGCGUUGUUCUCCGAUGUUGGGGGGGAAAAGUGGGAAACUUUUUGGCUAAAUAAAGUCCUGAGGAUUAACGAGGGAUAAUGAGUGCGUGAGAUUGACACAGAGAAACUCAAAAGCGUUUGCAUCGUGGUCGCUGUAAGCUUGUGUUGCAGUAUUUAAAUUAGUUGAGGCUACCGCGCGUUUCGUUGGAUCUGGUGAAACUAGCUCAAGUCAGUCAAUUCUUAGAAGCUCAAUGUACCGGUUGAGAUUUGAUAGAAGUCAAUGGAAGAGAAAAAAAAAAGAGAAAUUGGCGAACAAAUGCACAGAAAGCAUAAUGAUCGAGUUAUCGAGUAAAUGGGUUGUUGUUCAUUACAUCCCAACUGCCUUGAAAGAGAUUCCAUGCGCAAGUUUUGUAAAAGAUUGCAACAGAAAAAUUUUAAGGAUUGUUUCACUCGACCGCUCCCCUGUGUUUACAAUCACAAGCCGGCUUCACUUUGUUCUGAAUCGAUGUGGAAUCGCAUUCAAAUUUGAAUACUCAUUGCUAAUCGCAUUUUUGUUUGAAACAAUCCUUGCCGUUGUAUAGUUGUUGGAAGUGAUAUUUCUGUAAAAAAGAAAAAAAGAAAAGAAAAAGAUGUUAAUGGAGUGCUAGGUGUAACAUUGCAUUUCCAUGCGGCAUUACUUCUUGUCCACGGGUGUUUCUGUUUGGAGGCGUAUGUAAGAGAAUGCUAUUCAAAACGAGAAAUUUCUGGUGUACUUUCGUCUCGCUCUGUGUUUUACUCGUACUGUAGCACCAUGAUCUUAUUUUUGUGUUUGAAUUCUUGUGUGCGUAUGCUUUCAUAUGUCUUGGGAUUCCUGAUGUGGGUGUAACUUGGGUAAUUUCGCAUAGUCCCGCUGAAAGAUUGUGUUUGGAUGCGUUAUGAAGUAAAAAUGUUUUUUUAUGGUC